AUGGGCCUCCGAGAUGACUAUACGGUCGGAUUGGUUUGCGCCCUGCCUUUGGAAAUGGCGGCAGCCAAGGCAAUGCUUGAUCGCAUUCACGCCGACUUACCUGCGGAUCCGAGUGUGAAUGACACCAACAGCUAUGUUCUUGGCAGUCUUCACGGUCAUAAUGUCGUACUCGCGUACCCGCCCUUUGGCGUGUAUGGAACCACCUCGGCUGCGGCCGUUGUCACGCAGAUGCGCGCAAGCUUUAAGUCAAUCCGGUUCAGCCUGAUGAUCGGCAUAGGGGGAGGAGUGCCAAGUACGAAGGAGGAUGUUCGUCUUGGCGAUAUUGUUGUAAGCAAACCGACGGGGGCCUGGCCGGGCCUCAUCCAGUACGAUUGCAAGCGGGAGGAGUGCGCGGAAGACCAAUCUUAUAGCGUCAAGACGUUGAAUCAGUUAUCGACUCUGUUCCUCACAGCCAUGCGCAAAGUCGAGACGAAUAAUAUCCUCGGUGAGACUCAAAUACCCCGUUACAUCUCUAAAAUUGCGCAGGAGGAACCCACCACUUUUGCCCAUCCAGGUCCAGAGCAUGACAUUCUCUUCGACUCGAAAUAUCUCCACAAUAUCACCAAGCACGCAGAGAACAGUUGGCGGAGGGUCAACGGUACCUGCGAAUGGCUUAUACGACAUCCCACCUAUCAAGAGUGGCUGGAAGGUGUCGAUUCACCACUUCUUUGGAUCUCAGGCGGCCCUGGAAAAGGGAAAACUAUGCUGGCCAUCUAUAUUACCGAGGAGUUACAUUCAGUGGUCGACUCGGGCCAAGGCGUUCUCCUUUAUUAUUUUUGUAGUAAUCGUGCCAGGAACCGGAACACGGCAGUGACCAUGAUGAGAGGCAUAAUACAUCAGUGGAUCAAUCUCCAUCCUCACUUGGCACAACAUAUUAGCGACUAUUUCGAAGGGUCUGAAACUAUCAAAUAUACCAUUUCUAGCUUUAUAUCCUUGUGGAGGCUUUUCCUGAUCCUACUUCGUCAGGCUGGCUCUUGUCAGGUGGUGUGUGUGUUGGAUGGCCUGGAUGAGUGCGAGAAGGAAUCUCUCAAGCAGCUUCUCGACGCCCUGGGAGACUAUCUCUUGGAAUCUGAGGAGAAACCAAUGUCAAGACUAAAGCUCAUUCUCCUUUCCCGGCCUCAGCCAGCGCUUUUGGAGAACAAGCUUGGCCGAUACCGUCGGAUCAAAAUUGACGACUCGGAUAUGGAAGUUGGGAAGGAUGUCGAGAAAUACAUCUCCGCCAAAGUUGCCGAACUAGCAUCAGAGCAAACACUUUCCGAGGAUAUGCUUCUGGAAGUUCGGGAGGCCUUGAUGGCCGGGGCUGAGGGGACCUUCUUAUGGGUCGGCUUUGUAGCGGAUGAGCUCAAGGGGAGGAGUUGGCGCAAAAUCAAGGACAUUCUUCGUGGCGUUCCCAAAGGCCUUGGCGGAAUUUACCGGCGAUUGCUUCAGCAAGUCGAAGACAAAGAGAAGCUAGUACCCAUCCUUCAAUGGAUUGUUCUCGCCGCCCGACCUCUCACAGUGGACGAACUGACAGCGGCGGGGGGCAUCAAGGAGUCUAAAGGCCUGGUGCCAACCGAAGUGAUGAAGGCCCGGCUUGCCUCAUGUGGGCUAUUGGUCAAAAUCGACGGAGAUGUAGUAAAUCUUGUCCACGAGUCGGCAAAGGAGUUCUUUCAGAGUGAUCAGGUCAAUGUUGAGGGGAUCAGCAUGUUCCACAUGAACAGCACCACCCAUCGGACUCUUAUGCGGACCUGCAUGACACUCAUAGAAGGGAGUUACAAAUCUCCCGGCAGUAUCAACGAAGCGUCUAGACAAAAUACCCUCUUGGCAUAUGCUAGCCUAUACUGGCCUGAGCAUUUCCGACACGCAUCUGAUCUGACCGAUGCCCCGUCUGAGUUUUCACGUCAGUUCUUCCGAGCAAAGUCUGCAGUUCGAGAGGAUUGGUGGAGAUUCUAUUGGGAUCAGGAGAGAUACGGCGGAGCCCCGCCCUCGUUCACGCUCUUGCAUCUGGCUGCGUACUUUGGCAAUGUCGCCUGGGCUAAGAUGCUGCUCAAACAGUAUGCCUCCGAUCACAAUUCCCUCCGCCGUCUCAUCUCACGAAAGGAUAAUUACGGCCGGACCUCACUUUUCUGGGCCGCCACCCGCGGCCACCGAGAUGUGGUAGAGUUGUUGCUCGAUCAUGGCGCCCGAGUCAAUUCUAAGGAUCGGAGCAAAUUGACCGCACUCCAUAUUGCCGUCACUGGAGAGCACAAGGACGUCGUGUCUUUGCUGCUGGACCGGUCCGCCCCGAUUGAGGCCAAAGCUAGCUACGGCGACACACCAUUGAUUCGAGCCAUCCAGGCGAAUUCCAAGGAAAUUAUUAAGCUGCUUCUUGAACACGGAGCUCGGGUAGAUGGAUUACCCACUCCCCCAAAAGUCACUUCCCUGAAAGGACCCAUAGAUCCACUGGAAGAGCGGGCGAGACAGCUCCUGGGGCUUCAGGAACAGCUUUUUGCCGCACGGUACGAGAAUUCAUCGAGACUGGUGGACAUCACAAUCAAGCUCCUAACCUUGUCCUUUCGUUUCCCGCCUAUUCUUCAAUUGGUGACACUGUACCUGAAAUACUCGUCGAUUGGCCGCUGGGAAGUGAUGCACGUGCUGCAGGACCUUGUCAGGAAUAACAAGAAGGCCGGACUGCGAAAAUGGGCGCAGGCAUAUAUUGAGUUUGGCACUCGGCUGAUCGAAGCUAGAAAUGCAAAGAACCUGGCGGUCAUGACAGGGCUCUCGGUCCUAAUAUUUCAAGUGGUUUCUACUGCAGAUCUGGAAGCCCUUCUGGUAAUUGGAGUCCUGGUAGGCUCUAGCGUCAUUCUCGCAGCUGCUCAACACGAAUGGACCGAAGGGGUCGACAUCUCAGCCAGGACGUUCGCACAGUUUGCCUCCCUCGCCUACCACAGAGACGCGGGGGAGUCAUUGCACUACGGAGUUCGCGAGUUUCUGAUCGAUUUCGAUGGUUGCAUUCGAAGUGGCAGAAGGGCAGAGAGCGCGGCCCGGACGGUAGUCCUCUUCAGUACGCAUUUCGCCAUCCUUGAUACCAAUGAUCCGCGCCCGAUUGAAUAUUUCUCGACGGUAAUCGUGGAGUAUUUCGAAGGAUUUAUCGGCGGCAGCUAUGAGGAACAACUGUUCAGUGAUGCGAACCAAGCAUGUGCUAGUGAACUUGGUAUUAUUAGCCAAGACCACGAUUCCCCGAAGCUGCUUCUCUUUCUCACCGCUAUCCUCCAAUUUGCUCAGCGCUCGAGAGAGAAAGGACAAGGCCGGUUCCUCAAUAUGGUACCAGCGUCAUGCCUAAUUCUUUGCCAGAACAAUGCCAGCGCCCACCGAUGGUUGCUUUCCGAGGCAAUCCCAAAAACAAUGAGUGCCUUGAUAUCACAGCAACAACAAGGAGCGCCUCAAAAGCGGGCUUAUAGAGCUCUUGUUGAAUGCCUGAUCAUUGGAAAGCAAUAUGAUUUAUCACUGCCUGUGGCGCUGCGGCAAAUAUUGAGACGAUAUCUUUACCCUAUUGACGGGGUCGAUGAAAUGCUGGAUCAAAUUCUUAGUACAUAG